GGACUUGGUGGAGCUGGGAUGUGGGAUUAAAUUCUUGGGCUUGGGAUGGGCUGAGCAGAGGGCCUGGUGCACAGUCGCCCCCUGCAAGUGUCAGGGUGGCUUCCGCCCCUGAAGGGAGGGGCUUGGGGGGCCAGAUGAGGUGGGAGCCCGCUGGAGACCCCAGCCUGGCUGAGCCCCGGGAGCCCACCGUGCCUGCCUUCCUGGGCCGUUGGGCCCUGGGGGAACGAGGCAGGAGCUGUUACCAGGCCCAUUCCAAGGAUGUGCACACUGAGGCCCAGGCAGGGGGAGGGACUUUGGCAGGCUGGGGACUGUGUCUGUGGCUCAUCUGACCCUGUUUCCUUUGGUCAGGCCCCCCAUCAACCCAAAGGGUCCCAAAGGCCCGGAAGAAGCGCACUGUGUACCUCAAAGAACAGCUGCAGGAACUGAAGAGACAUUUCAUGACGAACCAGUACCCUAGCUACCAGGAACGCUUGGCCCUGGCGGCCAGGCUCCAUCUGGAGGAGCACCAAGUGCAGGUGUGGUUCAAGAACUGCAGGGCCAAGCACUCGAGGCUGCAGGGACUGCCCAGUGGGCAAGGUCGGGGAGGCCGCGCUAUGCCCAUGGGCCAAGGAGCUGUCGCCCCUGAUUCCAUCCCUGCCCCUGUCCUUCUUCCGUUCCCUAUUCCUGCCCCUGAACCUGCUCCUGCCCUCAUCCCUGACCCCGCCCCAGUCCUUGUCCCUGGGCGCCCCAUGUUCCCAGGGGGCCCAGGCUACUGUGGCCAGAGUCGCCACAGCCCCAUGGGGGUCUUCCCUGCAGCAGAGCCCAGCAUCUACAGCCUCCGCCGCGCCUGGUGCGACCCAGAACAGGGAUCCCAGGGGUAUGUCCCCGCUGCCCAGGCCCCUAUCUCAGCCCUGGCCCUGGCCAGGCCACAGGGCUCCUCCACCUCGGACUUCCUGCCGGAUCCCGUGCUGGCCCCCGAUUUCACAGAGCUCCUCUCGUCCCGAGACCCCUUGGAGGGACCCUCUUUCCCCUUGAUGUCCGGAUAUCAAGAGGGAGAUGACCCUGCUGAUGACAGUGACUUGGACCUUAAGAGAUUACUGGACUUAUAAGGGAACCUGCCUCACAGUCCUGCAGUUCCUGUGGCGCCAGAGGGGACUGGGGUCGGAUGGGCCUGCAGUUGGUCCCAUGUGGGUGAGGGCAGCGGUCAAGGUCAGGUAAUCUGCAGCGGGAACACACCAUUCAUCCCUUCUUGGGGAGGUGGCAUCUCCUGUCCGCUGUGUGGCCACCACAUGUCAUGCUGCUGUGAGUGUCCCCCGCAGCAUUAUUUAGGGCUCACAUGAGCACUUAUGUGGGAUCCCAGGGCGCUGCCUCUUUGCUUCACAGAUGCUCUGAGAGCUUUCUAUGCGCCUUGACCCCAUGGUUCGCCCAGCGCUCUAGUUGGCGCCCUCGGGAACACUUGGGGUGUGAGACCUUUUAAUGCUUUCCAGUCAGUCUGCUGACUUGAGACUUGAGGUUUCACUGUGGUUUUAAUAUUCAUUACUGAUCAGGGAUCCCUGGGUGGCACAGCGGUUUGGCGCCUGCCUUUGGCCCAGGGCGCGAUCCUGGAGACCCGGGAUCGAAUCCCACGUCGGGCUCCCGGUGCAUGGAGCCUGCUUCUCCCUCUGCCUGUGUCUCUGCCUCUCUCUCUCUCUCUAUGUCUAUCAUAAAAAAAAAAAAAAAAAAUAUUCAUUACUGAUCAAGAAUUUAUGCCCUCUCACACGUUAGUCAAUUAUUAGGAAUAGUCACGGUGUGUCUUUUUUUAACCCAUUUUUUGGGUUUUGUUUUUUUUUUUAAGUUUUACACCCAAUGUGGGGCUUGAACUCAGGACCCAGAGAUCCUAAGAUCAAGAGUCCUAAGCUUUACCCACAGAGCCAGCCAGGUGUCCCAUUUUUCUUUCUUUAAUCCAUUUAUCCUUAUAUCUUUCUUGAUAAUGUACUGUAAAUAG